AUGUUGGGUGGAAGAAGAGUGCCAGGUGGUGUUGGUCAGAUUGCGCUUGCUGAUUGGCCGCCAUGUCUCGCUUGUGUUAGCGCACUUGGCAGCCCAGCCCACCAUCGGGGCUUCACAGAAUUUCACUUUCGAAGAACUCCAACGUCAAACCGUCGAGACAGCCACCACAAGCCGACAAAGUGCAUGGUUGCCGCAAAGAAGCACGUCCCUAUCGUCAAGAAGCACACCAAGCGCUUCAACCGCCACCAGUCGGAUCGCUUCAAGUGCGUCGACCCAUCAUGGAGGAAGCCCAAGGGUAUCGACAACCGCGUCCGUAGGCGGUUCAAGGGCCAGGCCGCUAUGCCCAAGAUCGGAUACGGCUCCAACAAGAAGACCCGUCACCUCGCUCCCAGCGGCCACAAGGCCUUCCUCGUCCACAACGCUCGCGAUGUUGACCUCCUCUUGAUGCACAACCAGUCUUUCGCCGCUGAGAUCUCCCACGCCGUAUCAGCACGAAAGCGCGUCGAAAUCGUUGCCAAGGCCAAGCAGUUGGGCGUCAAGGUCACGAACGGCAACGCCAGGAUCAAGACAGAGUCAUAG